AGCUCAGUGACAUGAUCUUCAAUAUAAAUAGAGGGAAUGUACGUUUAGUUAACUUACAAAAUUUCACAAGCUACCAUUAAUUUUUGUUUUUUAAUAUUAUUAAAUAUUAGAAAUGCGAUAAUGUACUAAAUUUUUAAGACUCGAACCUAGAACGUUAAUCAAGAGAGCAAUUGCUCCAAAUUAUUAUACUAGUGGGUUUAAUAUAUUGGUAAACUAAUGAAUAAUUUGGUAAAAACAAACUAUAAUAAGAACAAGUUUUGCCUUCAAACUAUGACCAAUCUAUAUAGUUUCUUAAAUUGAAAACUCCCAAAAAUAAAAAGGAAUUGUUUGGUUAUAAAAGUCUACCCCACCCCGAUCUGCAUAACGCUAAGACCUUCUUGUAACCCACAGCAGAACAUCUUUCCAUAGACGGCCAAACAAAGCCCCACUCGGUUCACUGUCAAUCCCAGCCCCAACCGGCUCAAGCAGCCAACAUUUCCGUCGAAGCAAGCCAUUGUUGAUUGUUCCCGCGUGUAGAGAAAACGGAGCGUUUUAGCUGAAAUCGAAGCGUUUCAAGGUGGAUGAGAAAGUGAGAAAGAAUGAACAAGCUGAUUGAAUUUGGAAGGAAAGCUCUAUUCUAUGCGAGGGUUCUUUCGGGCUACGAAGAACGGAGAAUCCGAUCGUUUCGGUUGGAGGUUGAAAAGCGUCUGAAAGAGGCAAAUGAGCGGAAGUUAGCCAUAAGAAAGAUCCCUGAGCAAACAAUUUUGUCGGAGGUUCGUCGUAUGGUUGAGGAGAUGAAAACUUUAAAUAGGAAGAUGGAAGAAACGGAAGCUGCUAUUGAAGAGUACUUCAAGCCGAUUGACAAAGAGGCUGAGAUGAUAAUGAAAACGCAACUUGAAGGAGAGGAGAGGACAAUGAAGGAGAUGAUGAAAGCCAUGCAUCAACAGGCUUUGCUUGAGAAAGCUGAAGCGGAGAAAACAACAGCAGCAGCACAAAAUUUGGAAACAAACCAGAAGAACCAAGACUCGAGACCCAAGACCCAACAUCUGCCACCGGCCCCAUGAAAGCUUAGGAGCUGUGGUUCCAGUACAUUGUCCAUUUUCUUCUUUCUCUUUGGGCUCACUUGUUUUCUACUCAACCUUUAUUUUGAAAGGACAAAGGUCACCUAAGCCAGGGAUUGGUGAGCUGCGUUGAAACAAAAGGGAAACGGGCUCUGCUGGAGUUUACAGCUUUAUAGACAAAACAGAGCCUUGGUGUUUUCUUCCAAGACCCACUACACAUAUGCUCACGCCAAACCUACAAGAAUUCUCUAGUGAGAGGGCCUUAUAUGGCUUAGAUGAGGUCUUAUCUCUUAACCGUUGGAUCAAAUUGGUCAUCUCCAGCAGUGGACUAAAUCCUCAAAUUUAGCCAUUUCACACUCAAAAAAGCUAUCUCCAGCAAGCUCUAGCGAUUUCUUUUUUUUUUUUCCCAAAAGAUCCUAAAAUUAAUCUAAUUUUCUACAUUCUUUUCA